GUACAAUCCAAGGUAGAAUUCAUUUCAAGAUGGCGGCGUCCAUGGGGCUGCGAAGUGUGAGUGGGCCGGACUGGAGAUUGCAGAAAACAUGGCAAAUCUUUCUGCUUUGCAGCCUCAUUUUGGCAGCAAUUCGAUAUGUACAUGGUCAUGGUGUCCAUGAAAACCUCUUCUUCAGUGUCCUUAGCCCAGAAGAUCUCGCCUUUAUUUAUAAAAUCAGACCAGCCAAAAAUUUUGGAGCAGCUUUCGCACAACAUUUCCACAGAAUAUGUCUUAUUCCAACGGAGCCAGAAGAUGCUUGUGGAGAAUUGGCGAAUGCACCUGUAAUAUCGGGGGAAGUUGCUCUUAUUAAAAGAGGUGGUUGCUCCUUCAUGUCCAAAGCCAUCACAGCAGAGAGGGCAGGAGCGGCCGCCGUCAUUAUUUACGACAACAAUGACAGGAAUUUUGACAGCAUUAUUGACAUGAUUGAUGACAACACGGACAGAAGUACCUCCAUUCCAGUCGCAUUCCUCCUUGGACGGGACGGUUACAUGAUCAAGAACUCGCUUCACCAACAGGGCCUGCCGUCUGCUGUCAUUUCGAUUCCAGUCAACAUUACCGGCGUCUCACUAGGCCAUGUCAGGCGAUCUCCUUGGUCCCUAUGGAUUUGAUGUUUGACACACUGUACCAUGGCUAGAAGAAUGAAUACCGACAAAAGCAGUGUGAAGUACACGCGCAUGACUGACACAGGAGAUGGCUACAUAGACUUACAG